AUGGUAUCAGAAACAACAUUUGAACAGAUUUCAUCUUCAUCAACUUUCCUUUCUUCAAUGGCAUCAAUUCUUCCGUUGUUAUUUAUUAGCGCUCUUCUUUUUACUGUUUCAAUUCCAAUAGGCUUUAUUUUAAAUAAAAUAAUGCGACGAGUUUAUAACAAAAGAUUUGAACAAAACAUGAAAAAACACAAUUUGUUGGGGGAAAAUACAAAUGUUUUGGAAAACACGAAAAAAUACAAUUCGUUGGGGAGAAACAACAAUGUUUUGGAAAAUACAAAAAAACACAAUUUGUUCGGGAAAAACACAAAUGUUUUGGAGAACACAAAACAUUUGUUUGGAAGAAACACCAAUGUUUUGGAAAAACAUCAUUUGUUUGGAAGAGACAAUGUUUUGGAAAAAGAAAAACAAGAACAACUGACAACCAAACAUCAAGGACAACAACAACGAGAACAACAUUGUUUGGAUAAACACAAGAAAAGUAUUGGAAGUUUGGAGGAAUGGAUUUGAGGAAAGAAACAGCGAUAAAAACAAGAGAAUGAAGCGCUGAAUAAAAUACUUAAAAAAAAUUUUUUCUAAAAAAAUAUUAACUAAAAAAUUUUUUUAUUAAAUAAAAAUAAAAAUAUAUUUCUUUCUUUUUAUUUUUAAAAAUACAAAAAAAUUUUUCUCUUAAAACAUAUUUGCCAAAAUCUUGUAUAGGUAGUUGAGUCAAACUCGAAGAAGUUAAACUCGAAGCGAACACAUAUAUUGUUCCUCUGUGCUUUUAUUUCAAAUUUUUUUCUUCUUCUCUUCAUGAUGCUUCCACCACAAAUUGUAUGCUCAUUGUUCGAGGAUCACUGAAGCUGAAAAGCCGAGAUCGAGGGGCCAAGAAGAUUCUUCCAAGAAAAUCCGAGAAGACUCUUGUACUUGUAUCAAGAUUAAUUCAAGUUUUGUAUCGAUUCAAGAUGCCUUAUCAAACAAAAAAAAAUUUUUUUAAUUU